AUCCCCGGUCCCCACACUACUCUCUCUCUCUCUCUCUCUCACACAUCCUGCAGGUUAAAUUAGUAGCUGACAAUUCAGAUCCUAGUCGUCUCUCUCCUUGAAGCUCCCACCUUCUAAACCCCACUUUUACUCUCAAAACCCUAGUGUUUUCCCUAACCUCUUCCCCCUUUUCAUUUCUAGACUUUUAACUAUGUAUCUCUAUAAUCUCACCCUCCAAAAAGCCACAGGCAUAGUCUGUGCCAUCAACGGCAGCUUCUCCGGCGGCAAGUCCCAAGAAAUUGUUGUCGCUCGCGGCAAAGUCCUCGAUCUUCUUCGUCCCGACGACAACGGUAAGCUCCAAACCCUUCUCUCCGUUGAAAUUUUCGGUGCCAUUCGGUCUUUAGCCCAAUUUCGUCUGACCGGCGCUCAAAAGGACUAUAUUGUAGUUGGGUCCGAUUCGGGCCGCAUCGUGAUUCUCGAAUACAACAAAGAAAAGAACUGGUUCGAUAAGAUUCACCAAGAAACGUUUGGGAAAUCUGGAUGUCGCAGGAUUGUUCCGGGCCAGUACUUGGCCAUUGACCCGAAAGGACGGGCCGUCAUGAUUGGUGCUUGUGAAAAACAGAAACUUGUGUAUGUUUUGAAUAGAGAUACUGCAGCGAGGUUGACAAUUUCGUCACCUUUGGAGGCUCAUAAGAGUCACACGGUUGCUUAUUCAAUUUGUGGAGUGGAUUGUGGGUUUGAUAACCCGAUAUUUGCCGCGAUUGAGUUGGAUUACUCGGAAGCUGAUCAGGAUUCGACUGGUCAGGCAGCGAGUGAGGCCCAGAAACACUUGACAUUUUAUGAAUUAGAUUUGGGACUUAAUCAUGUUUCAAGGAAGUGGUCAGAACAGGUUGAUAAUGGUGCUAAUAUGCUUGUGACUGUUCCGGGUGGCGGGGAUGGGCCGAGUGGUGUGCUUGUGUGUGCAGAGAAUUUCGUGAUAUAUAAGAAUCAGGGUCACCCUGAUGUCAGGGCUGUUAUUCCUAGGAGAGAGGAUUUGCCGGCAGAACGUGGUGUUCUUAUAGUUUCAGCUGCUAUGCAUAAACAGAAGUUGAUGUUUUUCUUCCUUUUGCAAACAGAGUAUGGGGACAUUUUUAAGGUCACGUUGGAUCAUGACAAUGACCGGGUGACGGAAUUGAAGAUUAAAUAUUUUGAUACCAUUCCGGUUGCUGCUUCGUUAUGUGUUUUGAAAUCUGGGUUUUUGUUUGUCGCUUCAGAGUUUGGCAACCAUGCAUUGUAUCAGUUUCGGGCCAUAGGAGAUGAGCCAGAUGUGGAAGCUUCAUCAUCUACGUUGAUGGAAACAGAAGAAGGUUUUCAACCUGUGUUUUUCCGGCCUAGGAGGCUGAAGAACCUUGUGAGGAUUGAUCAAGUGGAGAGCUUGAUGCCAAUAAUGGAUAUGAGAGUUUUAAAUCUCUUUGAGGAAGAAACUCCUCAGAUAUUUGCACUUUGUGGGCGGGGUCCUCGUUCAUCUCUUCGGAUACUAAGACCAGGUUUGGCUAUUAGUGAAAUGGCAGUGUCACAGCUUCCUGGUGUUCCGAGUGCAGUCUGGACUGUUAAAAAAAAUGUCAAUGAUGAAUUUGAUGCUUAUAUUGUUGUUUCAUUUGCAAAUGCCACUCUUGUGCUUUCAAUUGGUGAGACAGUCGAAGAAGUUAGUGAUAGUGGCUUUCUUGAUACUACUCCUUCACUUGCUGUUUCUUUAAUCGGUGAUGAUUCUCUGAUGCAAGUUCAUCCUAGCGGUAUUAGGCAUAUAAGAGAAGAUCGGCGUAUUAAUGAAUGGCGAACUCCUGGUAAGAGAACAAUUGUCAAGGUUGGUUCUAAUAGACUUCAAGUGGUUAUUGCGCUGAGCGGAGGGGAGCUUAUAUAUUUUGAGGUGGAUAUGACUGGUCAGUUGAUGGAGGUUGAGAAGCACGAAAUGUCUGGGGAUGUAGCUUGUUUGGACAUUGCUCCUGUACCUGAAGGAAGACAGAGGUCUCGUUUCCUUGCAGUUGGAUCAUACGACAAUACUAUUCGUAUCUUGUCGUUGGAUCCUGAUGACUGUAUGCAGGUUCUAAGCCUGCAAAGCGUCUCUUCACCUCCAGAAUCUCUCCUAUUUCUUGAAGUCCAGGCUUCGGUAGGUGGGGAGGAUGGUGCCGAUCACCCUGCUAACCUCUUUCUUAAUGCUGGUUUACAAAAUGGGGUUUUGUUCCGAACAGUGGUGGAUAUGGUGACAGGUCAGCUUUCUGAUGCCCGUUCCCGGUUCUUAGGCCUUAGAGCCCCCAAGCUCUUUUCGGUGUUUGUGAGAGGACGGCGUGCUAUGCUGUGCUUGUCUAGUAGACCCUGGCUUGGUUACAUACACCAAGGACAUUUCCUCCUAACACCCCUUUCAUAUGAGACCCUUGAAUAUGCAGCCUCCUUUUCAUCUGAUCAGUGUGCUGAGGGUGUAGUUGCUGUUGCUGGGGAUGCAUUGAGGGUCUUUACCAUUGAGAGACUGGGAGAAACUUUUAAUGAAACUGCUAUUCCAUUGAGGUACACCCCAAGAAAGUUUGUGCUCCAUCCCAAGCGGAAACUCUUGGUUAUUAUUGAGACUGAUCAGGGAGCAUUUCCAGCAGAAGAGCGUGAAGCUUUAAAAAAAGAGUGCUUUGAGGCUGCUGGAAUUGGAGAAAACGGAAAUGUCGAGCAAAUGGAGAAUGGUGGUGAUGAUGAUGAUAAGGAUGAUCCACUCUCUGAUGAGCAGUAUGGUUUUCCCAAGGCAGAGUCAAAUAGGUGGGUUUCUUGCAUUAGAGUUCUUGACCCAAGGUCAACCAACACUACUUGUCUGCUGGAGCUUCAGGAUAAUGAAGCUGCAUUCAGCAUAUGCACAGUAAAUUUCCAUGACAAAGAGUAUGGAACUCUUUUAGCAGUUGGCACGGCAAAGGGACUGCAGUUUUUCCCCAAAAGAUCUUUUGAGGCGGGAUAUAUACAUAUUUAUAGAUUUAGGGAAGAUGGGAGGUCCCUUGAACUUUUGCACAAGACACAGGUGGAUGGUGUACCUCUUGCAAUGUGCCAGUUCCAAGGAAGGUUACUUACUGGAAUAGGAUCUGUGCUUAGAUUGUAUGAUUUGGGGAAGAGGAGGUUGCUUAGAAAAUGUGAGAAUAAGCUGUUUCCCAACACGAUCAACUCUAUCCAUACCUAUCGUGAUCGAAUUUAUGUGGGAGACAUUCAGGAGUCAUUCCAUUACUGCAAGUAUAGACGCGACGAAAAUCAGUUGUACAUAUUUGCUGAUGACACUGUUCCCAGAUGGCUGACUGCAUCAUUCCACGUAGAUUUUGACACCAUGGCAGGUGCAGACAAGUUUGGGAACAUCUAUUUCGUGAGGUUACCACAGGAUGUGUCAGAUGAGAUAGAAGAAGAUCCAACUGGUGGAAAGAUAAAGUGGGAGCAGGGGAAGCUGAAUGGAGCCCCCAACAAGGUAGAGGAAAUAGUGCAGUUUCAUGUUGGUGAUGUGGUCACUUGCUUGCAGAAGGCAUCUCUAAUUCCUGUAGGGGGAGAGUGCCUUAUUUAUGGGACUGUGAUGGGUAGCUUGGGGGCGUUGCUUGCAUUCACAUCUCGGGAUGAUGUUGACUUUUUCUCUCAUUUGGAGAUGCACCUGAGGCAGGAACACCCGCCUUUGUGUGGAAGAGAUCACAUGGCCUAUAGAUCUGCCUAUUUUCCGGUUAAGGAUGUGAUCGAUGGAGAUUUGUGUGAGCAAUUCCCAACAUUGCCUCUGGAUUUGCAGCGAAAAAUUGCAGAUGAGUUGGACAGAACUCCUGCUGAGAUUCUGAAAAAACUUGAAGAAGUGCGGAAUAAGAUCAUAUGAGAUUGCAUGGAUCAAAGGAUAUGGCGUUGGCACUGUAUUUAUGGCUGCAACAUGAAUCAUUGCCAUAUACUUUUCAUGGAUCGUCAAUAGAUCAAAACAUGUUUCAUCUGAUUCAGACCAAACCACGUUUCAUGCAAAAUUCAUUCUGGGAGCAGCUGAGAGUGCACUGGAAAAAACUAAGAUCUUCACCUUGUACCUAGCUUUCAUUCUUCAGACAUUUUGUUGUUGUUGUUGUUGUUGUUGUAAUUAUGUAGAAGCACCUCCAUGUGAAAUAUUGUCAUUUGCUAGAAUUGAUAUGUAAUGGCCUCUCUUUACAGGGGAGCGCCUUGGACCAAGUAGAUUAGCUUUCUAUCUGUUUAUUUCAGAAACGAGACAUUCGAUGCUUUAUUUUUCACCAGAAAAGCUUUUCUUCAAUGGAACUGAGGAAUAAGGUGAUCAUCUUUGUUCGACCUGUUUGUUGAUGGAUGCUCCAAUUUGAGGUGUCUCUUUCUUAAGUAAGGCUUUUUGAUGAAUUGUAGAUUAUUUUUAGGUGGUUCGUGGAGAUAAUAUGUUAUCUCCCCAUAUUUCACAAACGUAUACUCAAUUCUCUGUGGUUUGGGAUUGAAAUUAGAAUUUCUCUUUGUGUGUAUAGUAUGAUUUCAUAUUGUUGGGGAUUAUGUGUAAAUUCUUAUAAUAUAGGGAGAUAA